AUGCGUUAUCAUCCAUUUAUUUUAUAUCUCGUCGCGGCUUCCUUCUGCUUUGCCACCCAUCGAACAGACGAGAAAUCUUGUUCAACUCAUGGAGAACAGUAUAUCAGCACAAAUAUUUUUCAUGUGCUGAAGAUUUACGAAGAUCACGGUCGUCUGAUAGAGGAUACUAAGAACUGUGCUCAAUUUCUCGAUGUUUUCAGUACGCUUGCCGCAGAGACCAACAACAGCAGCUUUACUCUACCGGACCUUGUGAAGGCUUGUGAGAGAGUCAUUAUUGUCAUGGGCAGGGCCCUCGAGGAAAGCCUCCAACGUUACGCACAAUCCCAGAUUGACCAGUUUCCAAUCAGUCCGAAGCAAUUGUAUCCCGGUAGAAGUCCAGCAUCUCAAACGACGGCUAUUGAUUUUGGCGCUGAAGGAGGCCCGGCCCAUGAAUAUGAAAAGUCUAUACUCGACCUAGUCAAGCGCCGCUCAAAACGCAAGCAUCGCCGAGAGGAGGUAUGCGAGGCCAAAGUGUGCGAGAAUGAGGACUUGGGAAGAAUGUGCAACUCUAAAAAAGUUGAGCCAGACGCAGCUCUGAUUUGCAAGAUGUGCUACCCUGAAAAAGAUGUCGAGCUUAUUAACGCGCAUUGCCAAGCGAAAUGGAAGAGGGAGAGAAGAGCAUUUUACAUUGUUUCGUUCGUCCUUAUCGCAGUCACAAUAAUAAGCGGUCUUUUGCUCUAUAUACGACGACGAUAUCUCCGGGAAAAGAAUCCUCCACGUGACGGCUUCCAGGACAAUGGCCCAGUCGAAGAAAUCAAUCCACCAGGUGAAAUAUACUAUUAUGACGGAACGAGACUGGAUAUGACGAUGAUGCCGGGUGAGCGGGGACCUCCAUCAGCCGUGAAUUCUUCUCCGGACGCUCGUCAGAAAGACGGAUCGAAAAGGUACAAUAUCCCAUGGGACUACUAUGAGGACGACAUGAUUAGCACAUCUGCCGCUCAGCGGAGGCUGAAACAGCUCGGGCUACUCUCGAGAACUGGACGCAAAAAAAUCCACGACUUGUUUGAUUUAGAAGCACUACGGUCGAAGUACGAUGCCACAAAAGGUAUUCAGCGACAGUCCAAUGAUUCCGACCGAGUACCAGUGAUGCCGUGGGCUCCGAAUGCAAGUGUUCGACUGAGUGAUCGAGAAACCCAACGUGGGCGGGCGAACGCGUUUUCAAGAGGCUUAUCCGCCGUCGAGCUACGAGACAUGCCACCAAAGACUGAUGCCGUCUGA